GACCCUUUUUCAUCAUUGAAAUAUGGACUGUAGUACAAUAAUAAAAUAUCAUCAGAAGAAGCCUUGUUUCUUUUCAAAGGCCUWUUCUUCUUUCGAAGGUAAGAAAUCAAAUCAAAUCCUGCAUGCUGUUAUCAGUUAUCAGUGGAGUGUUGCGCUUCAAGUUAUUACAGUAGUAUUUUAGAUUCAUUAAUUAGUACUGUUUCAGAUGCAAAUAAAAAAACUCAUUAUCAUUAUUUCAGUUGCAAAUGAUUGCACGUCGAGUCCAAGCAAAGAAAAUUGUUGUUUUCGAAUACGUYACAGAAUCACACUGAAACAAACGAGAAMAUCCCAACUUACCGUAUCACUGACCAGCAAMAUGACACUUGGAARGGGUGCUCAUCAGAAUGGAAAYKUAGACAAAGCAAAAGCGUUUGCGAGGUGGGAAGGARACCCGAAGGAUAUAGAAAGCAUCCUCCUCCAACAGUGCAAGCAGCAGCUCAAUCCCCAACAAGUAGAGGAUUUGUUGGUCRAGGAGCUGAACAAGAUGACCCAUGACUCACGCGAACGGGUUAUGGAAGAUAUCCACGGCAUUCCCAACCCCCUGUCGGUCGAGGAAGAAACAAAGCUCUUGGAAGAAAUGCAGGUCGAACUCGAUCAGCUCGAAAGAGAGGCAUCUUUCGCUAACAAAAACGMAAUCACUGCUUGCAAAUCCGACCCUCUUGCUACCCAUACCUCGGCCUACCAGAAAGCCAAGCUCCUCAAGAGCGAGUUGAUCUACGACCGCCAAUUCCGUUGGUCCUUUUUGCACCGCGAAAAUAACCAUCCGAAGAAAGCUGCUCUUCGCAUGUUUCGCUACCUUGAUUUUCUCAUGCAGACCUUUCGCGACAACGACGAAUUAUUGGAAAGACCUAUCUUUUUGAAAGACCUCGAUCCAGGUGCACUUGAGUACUUGCAAAUUGAGGGUGGAGGGAUCUCCCAGAUUUUACCGAUUCGAGAUUCCUCGGGAAGGCGGAUUUUAGUUCACUUAAUGGACGCAGUCUGUUCGUUGCUUUAUCAGGUAUGUUAUGGUAUGUUAUGAAACAUGCCAAUUCGUUCUUGAUUUUUUUCGAAAAGUUUUGUAGCGAAAUGAAUUAUUGGAAUUGAGGGCGCUUUUUCGUUUGGUUCUAUAWUGUAUAUCUUAUUUUCAGCUUCUCAAACUAUUUUGGAUGAUAUACGUUCGAAAUCGAACUCUCGGAACAACACGUUGGCGAUUUCUUCAGCAACAAAUCGGYUUCUACAWUUCGCAAUGCCUCACCGAAGACCGAAACGGUGUCGUGUGGGUGUAUUUUCUGCACAACACCAGUCGAAAAUUUCUAGAUUUGCAACAGCUGCCAAUGRUGAAUCAACUCUUCCRGGUCCUACCCAUUCGAUUCGAUGCCGUUCAUUUGUGUUGUCCCGAUUUACCCAUGUAUGAGYUUUGCAAGGCUCUUGUCACUCUGUAUGUAGGGAAGGAGAACCGGAUUCGGCGACGUUUGCACUUGGGGUCGUAUUUGGAAUGCAAGUACAGCCUCCAGCAAUAUGGAAUCGGUGUUGACCGGCUGCCGAUCAACCUCGAGACAUGGAAAUGGAGCCAUGAUUCUGACACAAAACAUUUUCGUAAGUGGCUGAUUGGGAGAGAGGCCAAGGAAGUCGCGAUAAGGGCCGCCAUUGUAGAGAUGAAAAACAACAAGAACGAGACGAACAAGAUCGAUCUUCGUCCCAACUCUAACAGCAAAGGCAACGAACCAAGCGUCCGUGGCACGAAACAAAGUCCUUUGAAUGGUACGAUGGAAAUUUUCCGUGCUAUCCGCAAGAAGUACGUGGAAUGCCCUCACCAUGAGGACUGUUUGUUUGGGAAGGGCAAUUCGGUGAUGAACCACCAUGGGAAUGUCGCCAUGCGACAAUUGGUAGCAGGAAUGURCCAGCACUUCCACGACUCUUCCUCAAAAAAAGAAAAACAGAAUMUAGCUAGGGACRUUAUUGAUAGAGUGAAAGCCGGAGGAGGUCGUUUUCUCAAGGAGGAUGUCGCUACCACGGGGUUUUAUGUGGAAGUCGAUGACGAUCUCGCUCUGAAGAAAAUUACAGUUGCCUUUCGGGAUUUGAAGAAGAAGUUCUCACGAGAAAGUAUUAAACAAAACAUCUCGGGGUUAGAAAAGAGAGAACGACACGCUCUCUCAGUAGCUAAGCAUCAGUUGCCACCCAACAAAAAAUUUAUGCGCAACAGUAAUUUGGAUGAAAGCCAGUACAACCGAAUGAUUUCUCCUCUACCACUUGUCGUUAGCAGCGUUAGUGCCGCCGCCACCACAACCAAGGGCAACAGCGAUGAUCAACUUCCUACAUMUACCGGAAGCAUUUUUGAUGCAAAGGAAAAGCCUUCUUCUAUUUGUUCGUGUGAUUCUUGAUAGCGACCAGGAUAUUACGUARGAAAAAWUUAUGUUUUCGUGUGAAAUGCUGUAAUAUAUGAAGUAUACGGAAGGAUCGCUCAUUGAAAGCGAAUAUUACACUUCAUUGAAUCGACGCACAAGAUGUAUGCAACGCAAAGUAAAGUAGAAGAGCAAAGAAGAAUUCAUUUAAAAGAGAGGACAAAAGUAUGCAAUAGAAGGGACCAACAGGCUCCUUUAUGUGAUAGUGCUCUGAAUAAUAAGUCUCCUCUAAU